AACUUUGGAAGUAUAUUUACUCGAAAUAUGUUAGACAGGGAAGGGAUGAAAAUAGAUCUCAAAGACAAAGGGGUUUGAUAAAAUUUGCUUCGACUGUAGUUCGUAUUCCCCGCGUAGCAGCUUUUAUACAAUUCCUUUGCAGAAACACUUCUCAUUUUCACUCAUUCCCAAUCCCAGUAAAACACCAUCAUCGUUCCAUAUUUACUUCACUUCGUAUUCUCGAUGCCUCGUAAACGCUUCUUCGAAACACCGCAACCCAAAACAGGUUUAGAACAUGCCCAAUAUUUUCUGAAGAAAAUUGGGUUGGGGCCGAAUAAUUACUACUUCUGGAAACAAAUGGGGAAGGCUUUGGCAUGCACAUAUGCAGUGAUGGGUGCAGCAUGGUUAUUCAACGAGACAUCGCCGUUGGGUUGGUGGACGUUGAAGCCAAUGCCGAAGGAAGAGAAAGAGCUGGAGCAUUUGUAUCAGCGGCGUGAGUUUCCGUAUCCGGGAGACGAGGAAGCUAUGGAGGAGUUUAUUAAAAAGGGGGGGAUGAUUGGAACAACUAUUGGACCUAAAGGGAUGGUGGAGAAUGAUAUGGAUGAGAGUGAUUAUAAGAAAGAGCUCAAGGAUAAGAAGUUUGAGCAAGAGGCUCAGAAGCUUUGGUUUAGGAUGAGGAAUGAAGUUAUUGGUGAGCUUCAGGAGAAGGGUUUUGAUGUAGAUCAAUGAGUGCGUUGAAUUGAAUCCUUAAUGUUGAGGACUAAAAUACUACAUUUGUGUUGGUAAAUAAUAAAUAUUGAAUGUUAUGUUUUUAAUAAAUUACAGUAGACUUAAAAGACUAAUAUAUUUGUUGUUCUCGGAUAUGAGGUAUUAGGUAUUAUUUGUAUGUGACUUAUUUUUUCUUAUCGGAUUUGGCUUUUUUGUGAA